GGAAUGCCAAAACGGAAGAAAAUAGAGCGAGAGAGGGGGAAUCUAUAUUCACUACUAGUUCCCGGUGGUAGUCGCUCCUGAACGUGGUCGGUUGCCGUCUAGGGAUCCUCCUUCUCCAUUUCCGGAUAUUUGGUGCGCAUCUCCCCUCAAGUCUGCAAAACCUCUGCAACUGGUACGUAAAGUUUCUGUAAUUUCUAUCUAUCACAGUUGACCUGAGUUCAAUUCUUUCAAAUUAGUCUUUGUUUACUUAACAAUUUCGCGGAUGCAUGGUGGGAUGCUUUGAUACUCUAUUGGUGCUAGAGAUAACUGACCACCUACUCUGUUUUUUACAGUGUAAUAAUAUGACCAAACUCCUCCUACUGUUUCCUCGAAGCCGAAGAAGUCUACGCGCCUUCUCCACCAACCCCAACUCUGCUUCGUCGGUUUCUACAUCCCUACCUUCUAUUUCGCUUCUCCUACCCAUUUCCAGAUUUUGCAGAAGCAGGCAAUAAUCGAAAACGCCUCUCUCUUUGCUCGUAAGUCCUCUCUCUGCUCAGCUGUUUUCUUUUCCUAAUCCUGCCAAUACCAAAAAAAUAAGGGGUCUUUCAGUAUCUAUUACUCAGUCGAGGCUUAAUCAGAUUGGACUGACAUAAUUUCUGCUUGUAUCACAUAUUGUUAUGAAGAAAUGGAUUACAUGUACGAAAGAAGUUCCCACGGCUCAAACAGUGUUGAUAAUGCCUCUAGAGAGGCGGACACUGUUGCUUCUGCUUCUGAAUCUGCAGAUUCGCAUUCGCUGCCCCUGCCGUUUGGAGAGUACGAGGUGUUCCUGAAUUUCAGAGGUCCAGACACCCGUUAUCAGAUCACCGAUAUCCUUUAUCGUUUUCUUGUUAACUUGAAGAUACACACUUUCAAGGAUGAUGAUGAGCUCCGGAAAGGGGAAGGGAUGUGGCCUAAUCUCGUCGAGGCUAUCGAGCAAGCCAAGAUUUAUGUACCCAUAUUUUCGGAGAAUUAUGCUUAUAGUAAAUGGUGCCUCAAAGAACUUGUGGCGAUUGUUGAGCGCCAAGAGGGCAACCAGGGUUGCAUCAUACUACCCAUUUUUUACAUGGUGGAUCCCAAAGAUGUCCGACAUCAAAGUGGGCCUUACUGGAAUGCAUUUGAAGAACACAAGAAGAUUUUCGAUGAAGAGACAAUUCUAGUUUGGAGAGAUGCGUUAAAUAAGAUUGGAGCUAUGAAGGGAUGGCAUGUCAAAAGCAGUGAUGAGCAGGGGGCUAUAGCAGAUCUUGUUACUGGGGAUGUAUGGUCACACCUGAGUAAGAACAAUAAUGUGUUAGAGACUGAUAAGUUGAUCGGAAUUGAUGGUCACAUAGAAGCAGUAGAAGAAAGGAUGACCCUAGACUCUGGCGGUGUGUCAAUUGUUGGCAUUCAUGGUAUUGGCGGUAUAGGCAAGACAACUAUCGCCAAGGCUUUCUAUAACAAAGUAUCUGCUCAGUUUGAUCGUUGUAGCUUUGUGGAAAGCGUACGAGAAAUUUUACUUAAGAAGGAUGGUGUUAUGACUUUGCAAAAACAGUUAAUCUCAGACAUCCUGAGGAGGAAUUCUGUUGAAUCCAUUGCCAAUAUUAGUGAGGGUAUAAAAGUUAUAAGAAAUAGGAUUACUCGUUUCAAGUGCCUUAUUGUUCUUGAUGAUGUGGACGAGAAGUUUGAAAUUGAAGAGGUGUUGGGGAAUAUCGAGAAUUUUGUUUCAGGAAGUAGAUUUGUCAUGACUUCCAGAAAUGUAAAAGUAUUGAGUACUUUGACUACAGAGUGCAAGUUGUAUAAAGUACUAGAAAUGACUCAUGGCCACUCACUCCAACUCUUCUGCAAGCAUGCCUUCAAAAUGGAUUCUCCAUCAGGUUUUGAGACUUUGUCAAAAGAUAUUGUCUCUGUUGCAGCAGGACUUCCAUUGACACUUAAAGUUGUAGGGUCUCUUUUAUUUCAAGAGGAGAAAGUGAUUUGGGAAGACAAACUGAGACAGUUAAAAGAGAUUCCAGAGGAGGAGGUUGUGGAAAGGUUAAGGAUAAGCUAUGAUUCAUUAAACGAAGAGGCAAAGCAAAUUUUCUUAGAUGUUGCUUGUUACUUUGUUGGAGACGACAAAGAGAUACCUUCUUAUAUGUGGAGUUCUUGUGGGUUUUUCCCGGUAACGAAUAUCAAUAUUCUUAAUCAGAGGUCUAUGAUUGAGAUUGUUUGUGAUAUUGAAAAACAAAAAGUGUUCCGAAUGCAUGAUCAACUCAGAGAUAUGGGUAGGGAAAUUGUACGUCAAGAAAACAAAAGACAUCCAUGGAAUAGAAGUAGGAUAUGGUCUGAGGAGAAAGCUAUGGACAUGUUACAUAACAAAAAGGGAACAAACAUAAUUGAAUGCAUUAGAAUGAACUCCUCAUCCGGUGAUGGUGUUGUGGAGGAGCUUGAGAUUGUGGGGAACUUUGAAAGUGAAUGCUUUAUGAAUUUAUCAGAGGUGAGAUUCAUUGACGUACAAGCUAAGAUGCUCCCUAGCGACUUCGCUGAUUAUCUUCCAAAUUUAAGAUGGUUUCGAUGGAAGUUUGGAUACGGUGGGUGUAUGCCUAAGUUUCAUGCGGAAAAUAUGGUGAUUCUCGAACUCUUAACCCCAGUGAAAGACGAUUGGGGAGGUUUGAGACAUCUCAUGAAGAUGGCGAGAAAGCUCAAAGUUUUGAAACUUGUGGGUAAGCUCUUGAUAGAAUAUCCCGACUUUCCACGGAGUUUAGAGAUAUUGUAUCUGCAGGAUUUCGGGCCUCGGUUGUCCCAUAAGGAUCUGGAUAUUGGGAACUUGAGGAACCUAAAAGUUCUGCAUCUAUGGUAUUGUGAGGUAGGAGAGACAAGGGGUGGAACCAUUGGGAUGGUGAAGGGGCUUCAAGAGCUCAAUAUCAUCCAUUUAGGGGUUGAGGAGAGUCUGAGAGCAACACUUGCCGAUAUUGGGGAUUUGCAGUUUCUUGAAAUCUUGAGAGUAGAUGUAAUCGCUGAUGUGGGACUGGCAUCAGUUUACGAGAAUUUGUUACUGAAUACUAAGCUUCCUACAAGUUUGAAGGAACUGGAGACUACAUCUCCAGUGGCUAACCUUCCAGAGCUGGUGGAGUUGGAUGAACUAGUCAUUCGAUAUUCCGGAUAUGGACUUGAGAUCCCUCCAGCAGACAGUAGUGAUAUGUGGUGGAAGUCAUCCAAAUUGAAGUCUCUGUCGCUGCAAGAAACAAAUAUGACUAUGCCAACUAAUACCUCUAGUCCUUCUUCCUUGCCGCUGCUUCCAUCGUCGCUGACCACCCUUCAUGUCAAGCUUUGUCCAAAAUUGGAGUGGCUCCCAAAUCUAAAGAAUCUGGAAUACUUGACUCACUUAUACAUCUCAGGCUGCCCCUUGCUUAAAGAGAUCCCUGGUCUUGGAGGAUUGAAAUCUUUGGAAACUCUGAGUCUAAGUGAUCUGAAAGCUAUAUACAAUCUGGAUGGUCUUGAUAGUCUCUGUUCUUUGACAUCCUUGACACUGAAAGGUUGUGAUGCAUUAGGAAGACUGCCCAGCUUGGUGUCUUUGAAGCGAUUGAAAACGUUAUCCGUUAGUUAUGCUCCAUUCCUGCGGGAGAUUGAGGGCCUUGCUGGUUUGAAGUCUUUGGAACAGUUAAAUCUGUAUGAUUGCGGAUCUUUGGUAAACCUUGCUGUGGAUGAGCUAUCUGGUUUGAAGCAAUUAAGGAGGGUGGAGAUCAAAGGUUGCUCGCAGAUCAGCUUCAUUGAUAUCUCUACUCUACGGAAACUAGAGCCGAAUGUUAAGAUAGUUGUUGAGUUGCCGAUUACAAACAAGCAAAAAGUUCUAGAUUUUUCUAGGCGCUUCCACACCAAACUUCCCAACCUCGCGAUAUAUGGCAGUCUAGAGAUGUUAAAUCUUAGUGAAGUCAGGGUGAGGUCUGAGGACCUAGAUAUUGGAAAUUUAAGUAACUUGAAAGUGCUGCUCCUGAUGAACUGUGCAGUAAGAGAGAUAUUGGGUGGGACCAUUGGGAUGCUUAAAGGGUUGCGAGAGCUUAAUAUCAACGGAUUCUGCUGCAACAAUUCAGGAGAAGUCUUUGCUGAUAUUGGGGGGUUACAGUCUCUUAAAAUCUUGAAAGCAGCAAGAACUAACAUGACUUCAGAAGGAAGUCAGAUGAAGAUUAAGCUCCCCACUAGUUUGACGGUGCUACACACUUCAUUUCCAAUUGCUAACCUGUCUGAACUUGUAGAUUUAGAGGAGUUGGCAAUUGAAUAUGGGAUUGAGAUCCCUCCAGCUGACCACAUGUUCUGGAAGCUAUCCAAGUUGAACUCUCUGAAACUCUAUAAUGCAGCGUUCAUCACGACUACCAGUUGUGGAGGUCACCCAGCUUCCAUGCUGUUUCCGUCCUCUCUAACCAGGCUGUCAAUUCGUCGGUGUCGGCAAUUGGACGGGUUCCUGAAUCUAGAGAAUCUGGAAAACUUGAUUCAGUUAUCCAUCGUACGCUGUCCAAUGCUUGAAGAAAUCCAUGGCCUUGGAGGGAUGAAAUCAUUGGAAAGUCUGAAGUUAGAUGGUGGAGCGAAUUUGCUUAUUCUUAAUGGCCUCGACAGUCUCCACUCUUUGAAAAACUUGAGUCUCUUCCGCUGUAAAGCAUUGGAAAGACUACCCAGCCUAGCGUCUUUGAGCAAGUUAUGCAACUUUAACGUCUUUGACUGCCCGCGUCUCUCGGAGAUCCAAGGCCUCGAAGGGCUGAAAUCCUUAGAAGUGCUCAGCAUUAGUGGUGCAGGGAGGUUAACUCAUCUCCAUGGCUUCGUGAAUCUCCUAUCUCUAAACAAGCUGCAAACUUUAAUUAUAUGGGACUGUCCUCGUCUUGCAGCGCUAUCUUCCCAUGACCAACAGCUUGAUGGUGGUGGUUCGAGUGGUGACAGCCAACCAGUACUUGACUCGUUACGAAGGUUGUCCAUUAAUGGAUGUGCGUCACUGCUACAAGGUAGUUUCUGCCAGAUGCUUCGUCUGUCUAGGUUUCCGAGGCUUGUGGUGUUGGAACUUGGGCAGACGGGGCCUCCUACUGUGACGAACGAAAUACCGCUGGAGGGGCUCGAGUCCUUGGAAGACUUAGUUAGUCUGCGGUUGAUUUGCUUGGCUACACAGAAAUUACCUUCCCUGUCAAAACUGCAAAAGUUGAACGACUUGACUGUCAUUGAUGCUUCUAAUUUGCGCGAGAUUGAGGGCCUGGCAGAUCUGAAAUCCUUGAGAAGCCUAACUCUCGAGAGAUGCACAUCAUUGGAAAGAUUGUCUGGCCUUGACCUGAAAUCUUUGCAAAUCCUACACCUGGUGAGAUGCACAUCAUUAGAAAGACUGCCUAAGGGUAGAGGAGGUAAAUGGAUUGGAUUCAUGAAUUGGUGGAUUGGAUUGGUGGAUCCAUGGAUCAAAUGGAUUGGAUUCAACGAAUUUGUGAAUUGAUCUAUGAAUCAAAAUGACAUCCAAACCUGGACAAAAAUAUAAAGUUUGAAAAGUUUAGAUACUAAAAUGUUAUGAUGAAAAUCUUGAGGUACAAAAAUGUAAUUUUCAAUGAUAUUUUAUGUAUAAAAAUAAAUUUUAGGUACCAAAAUGUAAAAUAUAAAAAAUAUAGAUACCAAAUUAUAAUUUGUCAUUUGAAUUCAUGGAUCAAUCUAUGAAUCCGCCAAUUCAAUUGGAUUGGAUUAGGUGGAUGGAUGAUGGAGCAGAUGAGCCAUCUAGUUUGAAGCAUAAACAUCUGUGUUUGAACAAGGUUCAAUAUGUAGAGAUUAUCUGUUUGCUGUGAUGACCGGUGGUGUUAAAAAGUUCAGGAGUGGAAUUUGCCAAUAUGUGAUGCUGACAGUUUUAAUCAAGAAUGGGUGGUACUGGUAUAUUGAUGAUAUGUUGAGGCUAUUACCUCUUGCUCACAUCCAUGUCUGUCGAAUCAGUUCUUCUUUCUUAAAACAUGUACGAGAUGUGGACUCUGGAUGUGCCUCUAAUUUCUCUUGCUUGACUCUCUGUGGUGUGUGCGCCCAAGCAUGAUAUCGAGAGAGCGAUUUCAUGAAUUUGGCCGAGCACGAUUCCAGGUUAUGGUCAGAUGUUUUCCUGAAAAGCAGUGGCAUAAGGUCUAGUAGGUCUCAAUAUGAGAGUGCUACUGUGAUGAAGCAUCUGCGAAGAAGCUUCAAACAUGCUGUGCAGUUCAUGCUGAAGCACUAUGCAGUCUAUGCUCGACGCAGGUGUCACUAGGACUCCACAAACAGAGGGCUUUGAGCGCAGCUAUUGCAGAAUAUGCAUACAAGGUUGGUGUUCACUACAUUUGGUUCAGUAAAAACUACAUGCUUUGUUGUAUGAUCAUUCUGCAAUUCACAUGAUUCUAAUGCUUUGUCGUUUGUGUGUUGCGCUAUGUGACAUGAUGUUCUUGGUUCUUGAUUUGGUCGUACGGUUUCCGCUUCAGGGAGGAGUGGAUCUGGGCGCACUCAUGGAUCUUGGCGAUGGCGAUUGGAUGGGCCUUGGCUGGGAUUUACAUCUCCAGCAGCCGGGAAGUCGGGUCGCGGAGGAGCUGGUCCCUGGUGAUUUUGAGCAGGCGGCGGCGGUUGUGGAAGGUAGGAGGGUUCGAAUGGAGGUAGGGUUUCUUUUGUGCAAGUGGGUCAAAUAGAAGAAGAGAAGGGUUGGGUUGGGUUUGGGUAUAUGAUGUGUUAGGUCGUGUUGGAAUUUUUUUUUUUUUUUUAAUUUGGGCAGCUCAACGUCUUUCUUAGUCACGUGAAAUAAAAACUGACGACGUUGACAGAGAUUGAUGGAAGGUAACGGGCAGUGACCAAUUACUUGGACCGUUAAACUAAUUCUAAUGAUCAUGAAUGGAAUAAAUAUUUUUAAUGUCAAAUGUGAAUUUUUUUUAAGUAAUUCUAGUGAAACUUGCAAUUUACCCCAAAUAGAAGAAGCAUGUUGGGGCUGCCUCUGUUCCCCCCUGUCUCUAUCGACCCCCAACAUUGCCACUCAAGCCCGAGAAGCCGCCGCUCUUCAAUUCGACGGCGAAGCGUGAGAUUUGGUCGCCUUUACGUCUGGAGAAGGAGGAGAUAUCGUCGGGAGCUGCAAAGAAGAAGAAGAAGGUCAUCAGAGACCUUGUGUGUGAUAAAUUUGCAUUUUGUAAAGCAAAAACUCUCAUCUCUUUCUUCUCUCCAACACAAGUGGAAGAACGAACUCGGAAAAGGCAAACCCCACAUGCUCAAUAAAAUAUACAAAAUUUCAUCUCCACGAACAACACGCCAAUAUAUCGGUGUAGUCUAGUUGUGAAUAACUUAUUGGUUAGUGACCGCCACAACUAUACACCUACAAAAAUAACUUAUUUGCAGGUGAACACGGUAGUAACCACAAUCACACGGACCAAACAAACAUAGACCGUCAGAAUCUUUUCCCAGCCGCCACUAUUUGGCCACGGCUGGCACUGUGGCACAUGAGACGUAGGUGUCCAUCCACAUUAGAGGAAUAUUUUCUGGCGAUACACCCAAAAUUUUCUAUUUCCGGUACAAUCUAAAUGAAAAGCCAAAGCACAA